AGCGGAGCAAGCAGAAAAAUCAAACGUUCGGUUCUCGAACCCGCAGGUGCAGUUGCUGCCCUGGAUCGCGCGCCGAAACACCAGAAAGACACCAGGAUCAACCUCCGCAUCCGGGCAACCGGGAGCCCCAAUUCCGUUUCCAUCAACCAUCGAUCGGCGAUUGGCGGCCCAAUGGCUACACGAACGAAGCUUGACAUCCGGCCACCACUGGCCGAGGCCCAGGCCAUUUAUGAACAGGCCAGCUCAGCGUCACCAAAGCCGACACUGCUCCCCGUCUGCAUCACGGUCCCAUCCGACCUGCUGACUCCGUCAGCCACCUACCUGAAGUUGUCAAAUGGCGCCACAGCCGAGUACUCGUUCCUGCUCGAGAGCGCCACAGGGAGCACUGAGACAGUCGGGCGAUACAGUUUCAUCGGAGCCAACCCAAGGAAAGUGAUAGCCACGGGCCCUGGCUACGAAGAUGUCGGUGACCCGUUGCGCGCGCUCGAGGCCCAGCUCGGCGAGGACAGAGUGAUCAGCAUCCCAUCGCUCAAGCUACCCAGCCUGACUGGAGGCGCCGUCGGCUACAUCUCGUACGAUUGCAUCAAGUACUUUGAGCCCAAGACGGCCCGCCCGCUCAAGGACAACCUGCACAUCCCGGAGGCCCUGUUUAUGCUCUUCGACACCAUCGUGGCCUUUGACCACUUCUUCCAGGCCCUCACCAUCAUCACCCACAUGCGCCUCCCCGAGGACCCCUCCGGCUUUCAGUCCGCUUACGACGAUGCCUGCGCCACCAUCCGCGAGACCCUCGACGUCAUCCACCGACCCGAGACCCCUCUCCCGCCCCAGAACCCGCCCGACCCGUCCACGCCACAGCAGUACUCGUCCAACGUGGGCCGCCACGGCUACGAGUCCUUCGUCACCACCCUCAAGUCGCACAUUGUCAAGGGCGACAUCAUCCAGGCCGUGCCCUCCCAGCGCUUCUCCCGCGGUACCUCCCUCCACCCCUUCAACAUCUACCGCACCCUGCGGACCCUCAACCCGUCCCCGUACCUCUUCUUCCUGUCGUGCUCCGACUUCCACAUCGUCGGCGCCUCGCCGGAAUGCCUCAUGAAGACGGACGGGUACGCGCCGCUCCCCGUGGACGAGCGGUUCGCGUACUCGGCGGCCGAGCAGGCGCGCUCGCGGCCGCGCAUCGUAAACCACGCGAUCGCGGGCACCAUCCGGAGGGGGCUCAACCCGGCCGAGGACGACGAGCUGGCGGCCGAGCUGCAGGCCAGCACCAAGGAUCGGGCCGAGCACGUCAUGCUGGUGGACCUGGCGCGCAACGACGUCAACCGGGUCUGCCACCCGUCCACCGUCAAGGUCGACCGCCUGAUGCGCAUCGACCGCUUCAGCCACGUGCAGCACCUGACCAGCGAGGUCUCGGGCCUGCUGCGGCCCGAGUGCACCCGCUGGGACGCCAUGCGCAGCAUCUUCCCCGCCGGCACCGUCUCGGGCGCGCCCAAGAUCAGGGCCAUGGAGCUCAUCUACGACCUGGAGCAGGAGAAGCGCGGCAUCUACGCCGGCGCCGCCGGCUGGUUCGCAUACGACGUCGUCCGCGUCCAGACGGACAAGCAGACGGGCGCCGUCCGCGUCGCCGUGGACGAGGGCCAGAUGGACACGUGCAUCGCCAUCCGCACCAUGCUGGUCAAGGACGGGGUCGCCUACCUGCAGGCCGGCGGCGGCAUCGUCUUUGACAGCGAGAAGACGGAGGAGUGGAUGGAGACCAUGAACAAGCUGGCCGCCAACCUGCGCUGUAUCGAGCUGGCCGAGCAGUACUACGGCGGCGGCGCGGGCACCAAGUCGGUCCAGGACAUUAUCGACGAGGAGAGGCGAAAGGGCGACGAGUUUUAUCGCCUCCAGACCACGAGCGCGGGUGCGUGAGAGAGAGAAAAGAGAGACCGGGAUGUAAAUAAAUAACCAAGUCAACCCCAAGGCGGGUUGGAGUGCCCACCAGGUGACUGAUAUUGCACCAUGUCUGACUGUGAACUAAAUCAUGUGUUGCUUUUCAAGACCUCCUCCGUUCUCUCGCAUCCCGACAAUCAGCGAGAAGCUGUAACCAUGAAUUGCGCACGCAAGCUGCUCUGUCCUGCAGCCCUUUCCUUGGUUUAAUUAUCCCUUCAGUUCAGCCAGUGAGA